CGGUCUGCCAUCUUUCUGUGCAAUCUGACCUCCAAAGAGAUGAACGGUGGUCCACUUAUUUUCUGUUUUCCAGCUCUAGGUGUAUUUUCUGCAAUCUCCGUACACAGUUUAUCUUUGUCAUGAUGUAAACAGGUCCAAGUAUCCUUAGACCUGCCUCUGACUUGUUUUGUGACGUACAGUCACAAGAUGAGAACUGUUGCUCAACAUACGCUCCUGACCUGCAACAAACUUUUCUCUAGAAAAACACCAAAUUAUGUUAUUGAGGCCCAUCCAUCCAACAUUGAGACAACAGCACAGAUGAACAUCCAACAUGUGCCCAGCCCUCCUUAUGCUCCCAGUGUUCGCCAUGUGGAGGCGGUGGAGAGGGCCCACCGUGGUGGUGGAUGGCUCCUGUCUGGCAUCAUCUGCAUCAACAUCCUGAUCCUGGGCUGCGCUCUGGUCAGCGGCAGUGCUUUUAACAUUGUGGCCAUUACUGCUGAGCACAGGCAAAUCUUCCUCAUCAUUCUCCUCCUCCUCACUAUGUUGUGGAUGCCGUUUUACGUCUUCACUUCUCGAAAGGAUCAAGCAGUUUUGUUCAAGGAUAGCCACGCAGGGCCUGUGUGGCUCCGAGCUGGACUUCUGUUGUUUGGGUUUCUCAGUUUCCUCAACAUCUUCAAGAUUGUCACUUAUGUGGGCUACCUUCACUGUGAUUCUGCUGUUAAAGUUGCCUUCCCUGUCGUACAAGCUGUGUUUCUGUUUGUCCAGACACUUCCUGUGGAUUCAUGCAAAGGACUGUGUGGAGCAAUACACAAAUUUAACGCGGUGUGGCCUUACUCUUACGCUUUCAACUAACCUGGUGGUGCGGAUGACAGCAGUUACUGAGGAAUCAGUUCACCAGACUACGAUACCUGAUCUAAAUGUCACUGUCUGACAGAAGAUGUACAAAGCCAGCUAUGACAAGUGUACUUGCAGCCACUCGGUGUGUGACACCUUCAAAGAAGCCUCCUAUUACCUGUACCCCUUCAACAUAGAAUACAGCCUCUUUGCUUUGGCUAUGACCUACGUCAUGUGGAAAAACGUUGGUCGGGUUGUGGCCCAUCACAGCCACCACAGUGUGAAAUUCCAUCCAAAGGAUGUGUGUUUGGGACCUGUAACAGGAAUACUCCUGGUGGUGGCAGAAGUUGUAACAUUCAUAGUGUACGAGGUGGACAUACUGAGGACAAGAAGAGAAACCAAGCUCUGCUGAUUCAUUUUAUUAUGAAUAUAGUGAUAGUGAGCCUGAUGUGCCUCUCCACUGUGAUUGGCUGAAUCAUCUACAGGCUGGACCACAGGGAACACGUAUCGGAGAAAAACCCCACUCGCAGCCUGGAUGUGGGGCUGCUGGUGGGAGCCUCACUGGGGCAGUUCAUCAUCAGCUAUUUCUCUAUCGUGGCUGUGAUGGCAACCGGAGCCAAAGGAUACCUGAACGGCCUCAACCUAUCCUGGGCCGUGCUGAUGGUGCUCCAGCUCGGCCUGCAGAACUACUUCAU